AAAACAGCCGAAGUUUGCAAAAAGAAAAAGGGGAAAACGCCGGCAGCCAAAGAAACGGAAAGGAAAGAGGAAAACAAGUGCAAGUCCAGAAGAUCUCAACGAGGCAGGCAAAGCCACCAACAACUCCCCCUUCCACCCCCGUGCUUCUUCCCCCCUCCGGCCUGCUGCUCCGAAGCAUCCGCCUUCUCUCUCCACCGCCAAACCCGCUACUCGAACCAGCCUUCCAAGCCACCGCUCCUCCUCGCGCCCCACCCACUGCCGCCCGCCACCUCCGCGGCCGCAAGAGAUCACUGCUCCGCCGCCGCCGCCGCAGGGGGCUAUUGGUACGCUCGUAUUCCUCCACCAUCUUCCGCUUCAGCGCUUGCAUCCGGAUGGAAGGGGAUGCAUAGUAUAGGAGAGGACUUCUUGUUUGGCGGCCCCACUUCUUGACUAGCGCUCGUCGUCUCUCUUGACCGUUGCUUCCGGUCCCGUGGUCGCUGUCGCCAAAUCUGUGCUCUUUUUUCGACUCUCCCGGUGUAUGAUCGCUUUCGUCUGGUUUCUUGGGUUUGCACGUCGCACCGAUUUGACAGGCGCCGCCGGUUUUGAAGGCAGAACGAGUAGGGUUUUAAGCAGGUUCUUCUUUAUUCGGGGCUGUUGUUUCAAUUGCUUCUUUUGGGGGUUGAGAUAGGAGCUUAUUUUGGUCUUGAGAGGUUGGAACGGCUUGAUUUGGUGCGAUACCUUUCAGGUGUGCUUGCUCACAGUGGAAAUGGAAUUCCAGGCUUAGAUAUGUGGUAGUAGCGCGUGCUAAGAGGAGAAAUCAACCAAGAAGGUUUUUUCAAUUAUUCUGAGGAGGUCUUUAAGGCUUACACUAGGUAGUGUCAGCCAACUCAGCUCGAUUGGGUGAUAUUAUGAUGAAGCAAAUGUUUAGGCGGCGGAAGCCUUCCAAACCAUCAGAUAAGGAGUUCAUUGGUGGGACGAGCCCUUCAGUGUCAUACCAGCUGUCAGGUCCUGGAGUCGCCUAUAGGGCUACCACUAAUUUGAGUACGCAACCUCCAAGUACGUCAGAUACUGGGCUCAGCUACUUGAGUGGAAACUAUGUACAUAUGCCAAACUCAAGGACAAAUGGUAACUUGUUCGCUUCUAGCUUUGAACCGUUGCCAAGCUUUAAGGACGUUCCAAGUACAAAGAAACAACACCUGUUGAUCAGAAAAUUGAACUUGUGCUGUGUGGUAUUUGACUUUACUGAUCCGACAAAGAACAUAAAGGAAAAGGAAAUAAAGAGGCAGACUCUAUUGGAACUUGUGGACUAUGUUGCGUCUGCCAAUGGGAAGUUCCCUGAAAUAGUUAUGCAAGAGAUCACAGUAAUGGUUUCAGUAAACUUGUUCAGGACACUGACUUCUCCACCCAGAGAGAAAAAGGUGUUAGAAGCUUUUGAUUUGGAAGACGAGGAAGCAGUGACAGAUCCUGCGUGGUCACACUUGCAGAUUGUGUACGAGUUACUCUUGAGAUUUAUCCAGUCUCCAGAAACCGAUGCUAAAUUGGCUAAAAGAUAUAUCGACCACUCAUUUAUUAUAAGACUGCUGGACCUGUAUGACUCUGAAGAUCCAAGGGAGAGGGAGUACCUAAAAAUGACACUUCAUCGUAUCUAUGGAAAGUUCAUGGUGUAUCGACCAUUUAUUAGGAAAUCUAUCAACAACAUAUUCUACCAGUUCAUCUAUGAGACCGAAAAGCACAACGGCAUAGCAGAGCUCCUGGAGAUUUUAGGAAGUAUCAUCAAUGGAUUUGCUUUGCCACUCAAGGAAGAGCAUAAACUGUUCCUUGUGAGGACCUUAAUUCCACUUCACAAGCCAAAAUGCAUUUCAAAGUACCAUCAACAGUUGUCGUACAGCAUUACACAAUUCGUUGAAAAAGAUUGCAAGCUUGCAGAUACUGUUAUUAGGGGCCUUAUAAAAUAUUGGCCUGUCACAAAUAGUACAAAAGAGGCAAUGUUUCUGGGGGAGUUGGAAGAGAUAUUAGAAGCAACACAACCUGCAGAAUUUAAAAAAUGUAUGGUGCCUCUUUUCCGCCAGAUCGCACGCUGCCUGAACAGUUCUCACUUUCAGGUUGCUGAGAGAGCAUUAUUUUUAUGGAACAACGACCGUAUCGAGAACUUGAUUAAUCAGAACAGUAAAGUGUUAUUGCCUAUCAUCUUCCCUGCACUGGAGAAUAAUAUAAAUGGGCACUGGAAUCAAGCUGUGCAAAGUCUCACUCUUAAUGUCAGAAAGUUAUUCUCUGAUUGUGAGCCUGAACUAUUCGCCCAAUGUCUGGGAAGAUAUGAGGAAGAGAAAGCUAAAGAGGCGGAGCAUAAAUUGAAGCAAGAAUCGACAUGGAAACGCCUGGAAGAAAUUGCGUCAUCAAAAGCGACAACUGGCGAGGCUGUCCUUGUAUCUCGAAAUUUGCCUCGUCUAUCGUCGACUGUGUAGCAAAUUAUUUAGAGGGUAAACAGGUUUACUUUUUUUUUGUUAGGUUGGUUGGAAUUGGAGAAUUGUUAGGUAUCAUGUGGUUUAUACUAUUUGUACCCCUAUUGUUGUUAGGUCCUUGGAGAGUCGUGAAACAUUGUACAGGAUUUAUUUUGUACAUACAAGGUAUAUGAGGGUGUGCAAAUUCAGGAAUAUAUUAGAUUAGAGACAUUUGAGUUGCAGACAGCAUCAUCAUUUCGGGAAGGCAGAUGAGCCCCGCCGUAGAAUUGCUUUAGUUUGUCAA